GGGGAGAGGAGCAGUCUGGGCGGCCAUGGAGGGGCAGGAAUCGGGCUCCUUCCCGCUGCUGGUGCGAGGGGACUGGGGCCCCGCCGAGCCGCCGCCCGCGCUCAGGAAGAAGCUGCUCUGCUACUUCCAGAGCCAGAAGCGCUCGGGCGGCGGCGAGUGCGAGCUGCGGGCCGGGACCGAGCCCGGSACCGARCCCGGGCACAUCCUCGUCUGCUUCGCCCGCCCCGAGGUGAGGCAGCGGGUGCUGCGCCGGCCGGUCCACGAGCUCGCGUGGGGAUCCGGGGGGCGGCUGUCACUGCAGGUCACCGCCCUGCCCACGGAUGGCGACCCCGCGCAGGAGGCAGGACCGGCAGGCGGGGCCGAGGCACCAGUUAAUGAAUCCCAGGUGUUUCUUCCCAUCUGCCAGAAUACUGAAACUCCUGUGUGUACUCAGCAGRAGAAGACAGAAUCAUGUGAGAAAUUGGAAGCAGAAAAAACACCCUCUAAGAAUUCUGUUAUAGUAGUGACCACUGCCUCUGGGGCGGAAAUAGAAGAUGAGAUUGUGGAAAUGUACUUUGAAAAUAAAAGGAAGUCUGGUGGGGGGACCAUUGAGUCCUAUGUCAAAAAGGAUCAGCAAGUGAUCAUCACCUUUGAGGAUGAGCAAGAUGCUCAAGAAGUUUUGCAAAGGAAGCAUCACUUGAAUAAAACUGAUCUGGUUGUGAAGCCGUGGCAAGUGGAGACUUUCCAGGAGUCGUGCCAAGUGGAGAACUCUGAAGGAUCCCUGCUUUCCACCUCAGUUGUGCUGGAAAAUGUGAAGGACACAACAAAAGAUUACAUGUUAAUUAUGCUGGUAGAGAAUGUCAGUGGCUUGUCAGAGGAUGAUGGUGACUUCAUUGUGGAAAUGAUACCUGAGUUAUGUGCUGCUGUAGUUACUUUUACUGGAAAUACUGAUAUCAAGGAAUUUGCUAAAAAGCUUAAUCAAAACAACAGAGCAAGGCAACAACAYAUUAUUGCACGGUGCCUUGAGCAAACAAAAAGUGUUAGGGCUGAAAAUAUACCACCCAACACACCCAAUGACUACAUAACCAUCUACUUUGAAAAUAAGAAGUACGGAGGUGCACAAGUGGUGGAUGUUCAACAGCUGCCUGAUGAAGAUGCAGCUAUCAUUACAUUCAGUGAUCAAAAAGAUGUAACAAAUAUCCUGGCAAAGAAGCAUUCACUCAACAAAACACCAAUCUCWGUCUAUCCUUACUACACCUCGCUGGAAACAGCUCUAUAUGGAAAGGAAGGGCCRCAGAUAAAGAAGCCAGAUCCAAUUACAUUGCCUCUGGAUCCCUAUAUCUGGAAUUAUUUGCAAGGGAAUAGUAGCUUAAUCGAAGCAAUAGAUCAUGAAAUGGCAAAGUGUAAUUGUGUGCCAAUGUGGCCUGAACCCCUCUGUGCAGACCCAAAAGUUACUUUGAAUCCUUCAAGUAUUUUUUCUGAGCGGAAGAGAUCAGUAUCUCGAUUGGUCAAAGCAUGGAAGGAAAAAGUUUCCACAGCAUUUUCACACAGCAUAUCAAAAUACAAAGCAAUUCAAUGUCAAGUAAGCACAGAGGUGUGGGAAGCCAUUAGAAACAGCUUUCCCCGUGAUGAAGUUCUGGUGAUCCCAAAUAUUUCCAAGGAUUUACAUGUUCUGGUCGGUGAAAAAGAAGUUGUGAAGAAGGUUGAACAAGAACUGAAGCUUCUGAUUAAAAAGGCCACCAGAGAAAUUGAAAGAGAAAAGCAAAGAACUGAACUGAAAGUAKUGUCAGUGAAUCCAGGGGAAUAUGGAAUUAUACAGAUUACUGGUCUUGAGGAAAAAUUUCGUACUGAGUUCCCAGACCUGCAAAUAACUUAUGAUUAUUUGCAGAGGAGCAUUAACCUAUCUGGAGUGCCUGAGGAAGUUUAUAAAGUAAAAGGGGAAAUACUUGAUCAUAUACACAAAAUGGUAAAGAAAACAAUUAAUAUCCACAAUUACAUUUUGCAGUUUUUACAGCAUAUUGAUAAUGAAACUCUGUCACAGAGCCUCUUUAUGUCAAAACAAAUUAGUGCCUUUUAUGAGCUUGGUGUGGGAGGUAUYGUCCUGAAAGGGAAUUCUCCUGAAGAUCUCCUAAAAGCAGARGAAGAAAUAAAGAAAGAACUGGACUACAAAAGUAUUGCUUUGGAGGAUGAGGCAGUCCUCCAGAAGGAGGAAUGGCAGAUGCUCACCAAGGAAAACUGCUCUAAGGAAGAUGUAACAGUCACUCAUGCAGAGAGCCAGGUCAUAAUUGUUGGUCUUUCUCAAGCAGUAGCAAAAGCCUUUGAGGAACUUUCCAACUUUAUAGAUGAAAACACAGAGGUGCAAAAGGUCAUUGGAGGAAAACCUAUGGCAGUAAUAAAGUUUUUCCAGAAUGAGAAGGUUGAUGAUUGGGCUGGCUUACAAAAAAAUGGCGUGAAAGUUGACUUUAGCACACAGAGAAACUGUGGAGUUAUUUCCUUGAGUGGGCAGAGGACAAAAGUGCUGGAAGGAGCCACCUUAGUUGAGCAAAUUCUGUCUGGCUUGCAUUUUAAGCGUAUGGAAAUUAGAGCUCCAGGAGUCAAGGAAUUUAUAAAAGAGGAAGUCCACCUCUUGGCUCCCCAUGCAAAACAAGAGUUCAGGUGUUUAGUCCUACUGGAAGAGCAGCCAGAAGGGCAGCUGGAAGAACAGAAAGAACAGAGUAMCAGAGGCAAGCCUUAUAUGCAGGUGACCAUGGGUGAAACUGUGAUAGCGCUUUUUGAAGCUGACUUGUGCACUCAYCACGUUGAUGUUGUGGUGAAUGCAUCUAAUGAAAACCUAAAACACAUUGGUGGCCUGGCUGACGCCCUGUCAAGAGCAGCUGGCCCAGCACUGCAGGAGGAGUGUGAUGAGCUGGUGAGGAAGCACGGGAAUUUACAGCCCGGCUGCGCAGUGAUCACGGGCGCCGGGAAACUGCCCUGCAAGAACGUCAUUCACGCUGUCGGGCCCAGGUGGAGCAACGAGGAGCCACAAAGGUGCACGUGGUUGUUAAAAAAGACAGUGAAAAAAUGUUUGCAGCUAGCUGAAAUGUACAAUUAUCAAUCCAUAGCUCUGCCUGCUAUAAGUGGAGGGAUUUUUGCCUUCCCAUUGGAAGUGUGUACGUCUUCRAUUGUGUCCUCCAUCAAGGAGACCUUGGAAGAAUCCAGGGGGAGCAGCAGCUUGAAGGAGGUUCACCUUGUGGCUUUUGCACAGGAUAACGUUCAGGCUUUCAGCAAGGCUCUUAGAGAAGUGUUUCCAGAUUCUUCCUACAGGUCACUGCAUCAGGCCAAGACAGUCCCUCAGUCUAGGAAGAGGAAAGCUUCCCAGUCUGGGAAGAACUUGCCAUUCAUAACAACUGAGGAAGGCCUUGACAUUGUGCUGCAAACRGGAAGCAUUGAAGAUGCUACGACAUCCAUUGUUGUCACCAGUAUUCGCAAAGAUCUUCAGCUUGACAAAGGGCCACUUUCUAAAGCUUUGCUAAACAAGGCAGGGYCGAUGCUUCAGAGAGCCUUGAGAAAAGAAUGCAGAGGAAAAGUACCCGAGGAAGGAUCCGUGUUGAGAACACCAGGUUAUAAUCUGGAUUGCAGUGUUGUGCUUCAUGUUGUCCUACCUGGGUGGUCCCUGAAUUACAAACCUGCAAAGAUCUUGGGUGACAUAAUCACAAAAUGCCUGGAGAUUGCUGAAGAACUGUCUUUGAAAUCAAUUACUUUUCCAGCCAUUGGGACAGGGAAUUUAGGAUUUCCAAGCUCUGUUGUUGCUAAAUUAUUGUUUGACAAAGUGUUUGAAUUCAGUAGUAAAAACAGASUAAAUUCUCUUGAAGAAGUUCACUUUCUGGUGCAUCCAAAAGACACAGCUAAUAUUCAGGAAUUUUCAGAUGAACUUGGAAACAGAUCUGCAGCUCUUAAAGGAGAGCUGAGGCUUUCUCCAAAUGAGGCUAGUGGAAGCACAGCUUUUUCUGCUCUCUCUUCAACCUCAGCACAUGAUGUGCAUGAAGUGACAAUUGGCUCCAUCGUGUUCCGGGUGGUGGAAGGUGAUAUCACCAAGGAGGAGGCAGACGUCAUUGUAAACAUAACAAACCAAACCUUCAACCUCAAAAUAGGUGUCUCCAGAGCAAUUCUGAMUGGUGCUGGAAAAACAGUUGAAGAUGAAUGUGCUAUACUAGCCCUGCAAACUAACAGCAACUAUAUCACCACCCAGGCAGGAAACCUACCAUGCAAAAAGAUAAUUCAUUUUGUUGCCCAAAAUGAUAUCAAGUUCCUGGUCUCCCAGGUGCUCCAGGAGUGUGAACUACAGCAGUACACCUCUGUCGCCUUCCCUGCAAUUGGAACAGGAGAGGCAGGCCGCAAUCCAUCUGAGGCAGCUGACAACAUGAUAGAUGCGGUGACUGACUUUGCAAGAAGGAAUCCUGCUCCAUCUUUGAAAAUGAUUAAAGUUGUCAUCUUCCAGCCACAUCUGAUGAGCGUGUUCCAAGCAAGCAUGCAGAAAAGAGAGAAGUCUACUGUAACACGAAUCAAAUCAUGGGUUUCCAAGGCGUAUCACAUGGCUGGGUCAUUACUGAGCUCUGAAAAACGUUCCCCAAAGGUAAAAACCAAAGUGGUUUUGGAAAAGAAAAUCGACCUGGCUGUUGUGCAGAUYUGUGGUGAAAAUAAAAAAGAAGUGGAAGCUGCUGAAAACUGGCUGAGAAGUACAAUUUCAAAAGAACAAUCUCAAACAGAAAUUGUAGAUGAGUGUAUCUCUCAUUUCAGUGAAGAAGAGACUGAAGAACUGCAUGACCUACAAAAGAAUUUAAAAAUAGUUUUUCGUUUGAAGAGUGACUCUAUUGGAAUUUCAGGGGUUACAAAAGACGUCUGGAUGGCUGCUUCAGCUAUUCAGAAAAUCAUCCUGCGGGUAAAAGUUGCUAAAGAAAAAGAGACCCAGGCAAAAUUUUUACAAAAUUUAGUUGAGUGGAAAUAUUCAAAAAAGGAUUCUUAUGUGCCCUUCGACUGUCUCACAAAUAUGGAGUUGGAAAAUGCUUACAGCAGAAAGCAGAAAAAUGUUGAAGUCACCAUUGGUGAGCAGAAAUACACAGUGGAUAUAGAGAGUAAACAGGCUGUGGAUGCCCAAGGAAAACAGAUACUUGUUAUACGUGUUGAUAAAUCUGAAGAUCAAGAGUCAACAGUGCUCCCUCCAACGUGGGACCCCAUGGAAAAUGAGCGAGUCAAAAUAGUGGAACUAAAACCAGAAUCAAGAGAGUAUAAAGAUGUGCAGGCAAAGUUUCUGCGAACCUGUCAGUCAUUCAAAAUUGAAAAGAUUGAAAGGAUACAGAACCCGUAUUUUUGGAAGGCUUACCAAAUAAAAAAGUGUGAAAUGGAUAAAAAAAAUGGCAGCAUCAAAAAUGAGAGGCUUCUAUUUCAUGGGACGAGUAAGGAGUCAUUAAUCUUAAUUAAUGACCGUGGAUUUAACCGGAGCUAUGCUGGAAUGCACGCUGCAAACUUUGGAAAUGGAACAUACUUUGCUGUUAAUGCCAACUAUUCUGCCCACGACACCUACUCUAAACCAGAUGCGAAUGGGAAGAAGUACAUGUACUUGGCUCGAGUCCUUGUUGGAGAAUAUUCUCAGGGAAUAAGAGGAUCGAUUACUCCGGCAUCAAAAAAUGCUGGCAACUCCGUAGAUCUGUUCGAUAGUUCAACUGAUAACAUGACCCACCCAUCCAUGUUUGUAAUUUUUAAUGACAUUCAAGCUUACCCAGAAUAUCUUAUCACUUUCACUAGAUAAGUAUUUUGAUUGCAGCCACAACUGUGUUCUUUUCAGCCUUUAUGAUGGAUGGAAACACCURUAACAACACAUUACAAAAAUAAUAGACUUGUGUCAAAUUAAUUUCUGUUUCCAUUCAAGCAAUCUCUGGCAAUUUCUGAUGCCCCUGAAGCUUGUUUACACUCGGAGCAGCUGAGUGUAUUAACACUCCAGCACAAUAUUGUACUGCAAACCUCUUUGAGAUUACGUUGAGCCUUUGUGCUGUGUCAGCCUUUCCAUAUAGCCUUAGGACCUUCCUAAUUGCUGUAGGGGAAGUGGAAGAGAUAAUGCAGCCACGGACCAUUCAGUGUCCCAUUUUUGUGCCUUCUUACACUCUGACAAUCUCAUAAUGGAUUAUGAUAGAGCGGUUUUCAAUAAAUGUACCACUUAUAUUUAAUGGCUUGUGUUUGUCUAAACCUCUGUGAACAUUUAGCAGUGGUUUUCAACCAGUGAGCUUCAAUGAACUUGACAUUUCUCAUAUGGAUUGACUUGCUUUUCAUACAAUAACCCCACKGCUU